UGGAUCAGUUGCUAUUCAGCCACCGCCCCAGGAACUAAAUCAUUUUUUUUGUUCCUAUUGCCGAUUAAUUAUUUUUUGAUAACUCAUAUUUAUUAUCAAUAAAAAAAACAAUUGGUUUAUAUUAAUUAAAAAAUUAAACGGAUUUAUUGUAAUCAUGCUGAUUGAUCUUGUACGUGAUUCUGUGCUGCAGUGCUUCUGCCACAGCUGCAAGGCGCCUUUGAGCGUCGUAGCUGGUCACAAGAAAGGUAAAUCGCCCAUGAAGAAACCAUGCGGAAAAGGAAAAGCUCGUACUAAACAACCAAAGAAAGUUAAAUUUAUUACUACUGAGAUUCGGUGUCAAGAGCAAUCAAAGGGUGGGUUAUGUUAUGAAGUGAUUUUGGCUGAACCAACUGGAACUAAACGUGCACCAUCACCGCAACGUUCUCAGCCAUCACCGACUCAGCAAUCGACGAUUGAAGAAAAGUUAAAAGCUGCUGAGGAGAGAAGACUCUCUUUAGAGGCACACAAACUUGCUACAUUGGCAGCACAAUUGAGCAAAAUAGAAGAGACUGCACGUAAGAAGGACGAAAUUACUUCAGCAUUUAUGUCAGCUACUCGUGAGUCUCUUGACGCUAAAAUGAAUAGCUCUGAAGAGAAGCGUGAGGCUCACAUGAGCGAGCUCAAGAGUAAACUUAAAGAACAUUUGGAAAGCGUUGAAAAGACCCGUUUAAAUCUAGAACAACAGACUAGAGAGGUUCGGGCCGCAGUUGAAGAGAAGCUCAAGACUGCUGCUGCACAACGUGAUGAGAACAUAAAAAAAAUGCUUGAUCGUCUCAAGGAGCAUGAGGAUCAAGUUAUUCGAGUACGUCAGGGUAUGACUGAACGAGCUCAACAAUUAGAGUCUCAGAUCCAAGGUAAAUUAGAUCAAGCUCGAGAACGUCGUGAAAAUCGAGAACGUGAACAAAAAGAAAAACUUCGUAAUCACAAUACGGUGAAGCUAGCGAGAGUACGUGAAACCGCAGAUGUUAUCGCAAUGAAGGAGCUCGAGGCAAAAAAACGUGAAAUCGACAUGAAAGUUUCGAUCGCGGAAGAAAAUCGACAGCGCGAGAUUCAACGGCGUCUUCAAGCUAUUCGCCAACAUGAGAGGCGUGCAGAGUUGGUCAGACAAAACAAACAAAACAAAACCAAUGAGGCUGAUCAAGAAGUUAAAUCAGAUGAGAGUGCCUUAAAUGUUAAAAUUGAAACUGCCAGCUCUGGUUAAAAGAUAAACAUCAACAUUUAAUAUUAAUUUUAAAUACUCUAAUUAAUAUCAUCUGUCAUAUCGUUAAAAUGACAUUAAAAUCAGUCGAAGAUCAUUAAAGUAAAUAACGAUAGAUUUAAAAAAAAAAAAUAGAGACUAUGCGUAAACAUCUCUUGAUAAGAAAUAUUAUCGUGUUUGUUAUAAACAGAUAAUAAAUACAACAACUUAAUGAGUUUAACUGCCGAAGACUCGUGAGCUUGAUUUCGCUUCGUGCCAUUUUUCUCGCGGCUCAAUCGGAAUUUUAACUGACAAACUUUGUCCGAGUCUUGCCUACUGCAACAAGUCGAGAGUUCAAAACAAAUAUUAAAUAAAAUAAAAAAUUUUUUAAAAAAGAAAAAUUAUUCAAAAAAAAAUAAUUAAUUAAAUGAAUACUUAUUGAUGCGAUAUUAAAUCCCCAGUGAGUUUUAAUCAAUUGGUAUAAAAAAUUGUUAUUAUUAAUAAACUUUGUAUUUUUUUUUCUAUUUGUGCCUAUAAUAACAAAAAUGCGCUGUGUUCUUUCGCUAUAUUAUUAGUUGGCUAUUCGAUAAAAAAAAACGAAAUUAUAACGCUCGAUGCGUAUAAAAGAAAAAUUAAUUGUAAAAUGUACUUUUAAAUGCUUAUAAAAUUGUUUUUAACCAUUUUUUAUAUGUUAUAAAAAUAAUAUUAAUAAUAAUAAUAAUAAUAAUAAUGUUAAUAUGUUAGCUUUAAUUGCAAAAAUUUAAUACAAAUUAUAUACUUAUUCAAGAAUUGCAAAAAUUUAUAAAUAUUGUACGAAUAUAUUAAUACUAUUCUAACAUUUUUUUUAUAUCACAGUUUUCACUUAAAUAUUUUGCAAUUCUUUAUACAAAAAAAAAAAAAUUAUUCGUCGCUAAGAUUAGAUAAUAAUAAUAUUAAUACAAAUAUGAUUUGAAAAAUAAAAAAAAAAAAUAAAAAAAAAAAAAAUGUUUUGUGGGGAAAACGAAAAAAAAUGUGCGACAAUGUAUGUAUACAAAAAUCAUUUAUACAAGUGAUGAUCGUAUGAUAUGUGUUGGCGUAUGAAUUUAUAACGAAAAAAAAAAAAAAAAACAAAAAAAAAUGGUUUGUAAUGUAAUGAUGCUUUAUACAGUUUAUAUUAAGCUUUAUGAAAAGGUUAAAAAAUCAUUUUGUACUCGAUAAUCGCGAUAAUACUGUGCUAAUGAAAAGAGAUUAUUACAAACAAACAAAAAAAAUUAUUAAAAAUAUUUAGCUUAGUCAAAUACGAUUAUAUUGAUGCUUCUGUGAUGGAUUCACUGUCGAAAAAAAAAAAAUAAAAGAAUGUUUAUUAAUAAAAUUAGUAAAUGAAUAAAGUGAUUUUUAACAUCAUUCGCUUGUAAGCAAGCACUAAAGAGAUUCAGUGGCUGAAUCUUCCUGUUGUGGAGUACAUUCGCACAAUAAUAUAUAAACAGCUUUAUUAUAAAUAACUAAUAAAUGAAUUAUUUCCCCAUUUUCAAAAAAAACUUUUCA